UUGGUUUUGCUGUUACAGAUCACAGAGAUGAGAGUGCACAUGGAUUGUGCUGGAUGCGAGAGCAAAAUCAGGAAGGCUCUUAAGAAACUAGAAGGAGUGGAUGAGAUCGACGUGGACAUUGGCAUGCAGAAGGUGACUGUUACAGGAUGGUUAGACCAGAAGAAGGUGCUCAAGACUGUGAGGAAGACAGGAAGGAGAGCAGAGCUGUGGCCCUUUCCCUACAACCCAGAGUACCAUGGUUACACCCAACAGUACUACUAUCAACAGCAUCAUCAGAGCCAUCCAGUGACCUACUACGCCCCUCAGCCUUCCUCGUCUUACAACUACUACAAGCAUGGGUACGAUGGCCCUGGUCAUGGUUACUACCAUGGUCCUGCUCACUCCACCAUCUUGGAUGAACGCACCGGUUCCAUGUUCAGUGAUGACAACCCUAAUGCUUGCACUGUCAUGUGAUCUACCC